AUGUUGCUAGUAGGUCUUCCUCUAGAAGAUAAUAUUGAUGUUAACGAAGAAAUAUGUAAAAUAAAAGAUGAAUAUGGUAUCCUUGUAGAAACAAUAGAUUUACCUAAUUUCACAAAUUUCUGUAUUUCCGAAUGUAGUUCAUAUGAUGAUACUUUGUAUAAAGCAGAAAAAGAUUGUAUAGAUUUAAUUAAAGGUUUUAGAAGAAUUAAAGAAAUUUGUUUUAAUUGUCUUAUACAAUGGGACGGAAAUAAAUAUGGAAGUUUAGACAUGAAGGAAUGUUUUAACAUGAUUCUUGAUGACUUAUCUCAUCUUAAAAUGUUAUAUACAAAAAAGCGAGAUGAUCAUUUAAAAUUUAAAAAGGAGAGCGAGACUAUAAAAAAACGCACACAGGGCAAUUUACUUGAAAAAGAUUUGAACAUUGAAUGUGGAUCUUAUGAAUUUUUAGAAGAAGUUUUUGUUGUGGUUGAUAAAGAAGGAGUAAAUUUUUUAGAUUUUAUAAAAAAAUGCGAAAAUGCAUCUGAUGAAGUUAUUGAUCAAAUUGAUGAAGAUGAAAAAUAUUUUUUAUAUAGAAUUCUUAUUCUAAAAAAUAAUGUUAAAAAUUUUAAAAAGGAAUGUUCAGCAAAUGGCUUUUACAUUAAAGAAAAAAAUAAUAAUUUAAGUUUUAUAACCUGCGAAGACAAUUUAGAAUUAUUUAUUGACACUCAUUCGUUAGAACUAUACAAAAUUUUUAUUCAUUUAAAGUUAGUAAAGCUUUAUAUUGAAUGUUUUUGUAGAUAUGGUCUUCCUAAAAAAUAUUUAUGUUUAAUUUGUACUGAGAAAAAAGCUUUUGAGAAAUUUAAAAAUAUUAGUGAUAAUUGGAAGAGUGAUAGAAUUAUAGAUGACAGUGAUGAAGAUGAAACAGAUACAAAUUUUGCGCAUACAUUUAUUAAUAUUGAAAGUGAAUAA